AGAAAAAAACUCUCCUAAAAAGGACUGUUAGUGAAUCAAAGUCAAGUCUCUCUCCCUCUCUCUCUCUCUCUCUCUCUCUCUCUCUCUCUCUCUCUACCCUUCUCCUCUCUCUCUCUAUCUCCUCCGGCGCUCUUACCCUGCGCACCCCAAUUCUCUUUAUUCUCCUCUCUCUCUCGCUCUCUCCUCCGGCGCUCUUACCCUGCGCACCCCAAUUCGCUUAUCAUACGCACCCUUCGCCGGCUUCCAAGCUCAGAUCUCUUCAAGCUUCGACUUUUUUCUGCUUUUCUGAUUUCCACGCUAUCGUUUAGAAAUCAUGAACUGCUUCGGCUGUUGUGAAGAUGAUGAUAUGCAUAAAGCUGCUGACAGUGGAGGUGCAUACCCAGUGAAAAGUUCAUCAGGGAAUGACGGGGGUUAUCAUGCCUCAGAAAGUGCACCCCGAGGUGCUCAAACAGUGAAAGUCCAGCCUAUUGAAGUUCCUGCCAUACCAGCAGAUGAGCUUAAGGAAAUCACUGAUAGUUUUGGGACUACCGCUUUGAUUGGAGAGGGCUCAUAUGGAAGAGUGUACUAUGGGAUGCUUAAAAGUGGGCAAGCUGCAGCAAUCAAGAAGCUAGAUGCCAGUAAACAACCUGAUGAGGAAUUUUUAGCCCAGGUUUCUAUGGUGUCGAGACUGAAACACGAAAAUUUUGUUCAAUUGCUGGGUUAUUGUGUUGAUGGAAACUCGCGAAUUCUUGCCUACGAGUUUGCAUCUAAUGGCUCUCUUCAUGACAUUCUACAUGGGAGGAAAGGUGUUAAAGGAGCACAGCCUGGUCCCGUUCUGUCAUGGGCACAACGAGUGAAAAUUGCUGUGGGGUCUGCAAAAGGGCUAGAGUAUCUGCAUGAGAAGGCCGACCCUCACAUCAUCCAUCGUGAUAUCAAGUCUAGUAAUGUACUGAUCUUUGAUGAUGAUGUUGCCAAGAUUGCAGACUUUGAUUUGUCAAAUCAAGCUCCUGAUAUGGCAGCACGUCUUCAUUCCACUCGUGUUCUAGGAACCUUUGGUUAUCAUGCCCCUGAAUAUGCAAUGACUGGACAGUUGAAUGCAAAGAGUGAUGUUUAUAGUUUUGGUGUUGUUCUGCUUGAACUUCUUACCGGGAGAAAACCCGUUGAUCAUACGUUACCACGUGGACAACAGAGUCUAGUGACAUGGGCUACCCCAAAACUCAGUGAAGACAAAGUCAGGCAGUGCAUUGACGCAAGACUAGGAGGAGACUAUCCACCAAAGGCUGUUGCGAAGAUGGCUGCUGUUGCUGCCUUGUGUGUUCAAUAUGAAGCUGAUUUCCGCCCGAACAUGAGCAUUGUUGUUAAAGCUCUCCAACCCCUGUUAAAUGCCCGACAUGGACCCACUGGCGAAACACCGAGUUCGUGAAACUCUUGAUUUUCUCAGCUUGCGUGUUCGUGCCGAAAGGAAGGAAUUGUUCCUGCAGUUCUUUGGAUUAUGUUCCAUAUGAUUCCAUUGUUUACAAGUAUUUGAUUUGUUCAUAAUGCCCGGGGGCUAUUUUCCUGUCAUUGUUAUUAUAAUAUAAUGUAUCUAUGUAUUUUGCUUUACCUUCCCUGCCUUUGACUGGUUUACAUCUUUAAAAAAUGGUGCUAGGUUUCUGUAAUCUUUAACAGAGAAAACGGUCGUAAAUUAUUUUUGGGCAAGAUGCAGUCUUUGUAAAAACUUGCAGCUGAAUGCUCUGAGAUAGUUUUGUCCAGAUGUUGCCUUUGGCAAAUGUGUUUAUAUUAUGUGUGCAAACUCUAGCAAGCAGCUAAACAGCUGAAGUUCGCUUCAUGAAUAACAUAUGGCCGUGAACGGUGAAUCUGAGAGGAAAGGUUUGAAGGAAAA